AUGCGGAGGGUGCUGGCGACCUUUGGCAACGGGGAUUGCGGCCGCCUGGGGCACUCGCUGGAGUAUGCGUCAGAGGAGCUGCCGCGGGUGGUGCGAGCGCUUCUGGGAGUGCCGCUCAAGGCGGUGGCAUGCGGCGGGGCGCACACCGCAGCGGUGGACGACUCGGGGACGGUCUACACGUGGGGACUGAACGACAAGGGGCAGCUGGGGCACGACAGCGAGGACAGCGAGGUCGGCCUGCCAGGGGAGGUGGCCAUGCCGGAGCGGGUGGUGGCGCUGUCGGCGGGCUAUUACCACACGCUCUGCGUGGGCGAGAGCGGCAGCGUCUGGAGCUUUGGCUGCAACGGCAAGGGCCAGCUGGGGCUGGGGAAGGACGUUGUGCUGGUGCGGGAGCCGCGCCUGGUCAAGUCGCUGCAGGACAAUAAGGUGGUUGCGGUCGCUGCAGGCAUGGAGCACUCGUUAGCGCUGACGGCAGGCGGCGAGGUGUACAGCUGGGGGAAUGCGGCCAACGGGCGGCUCGGGCACGGCAGCGCCACCCCGCGCCGCCUGUUUGGAAGCAGCAUCGAGUUCUUGCCGCGGCUGGUGCGGGCCUUUGAGGCGCUGCGGGUGGAGCAGGUGUCUGCGGGGCAAAUGCACUCGGCAGCCGUCAGCACUGCGGGCGACGCCUUUUUGUGGGGCUACGGCAAGUUCCACCAGCUGGGCUUUGGCAGCGAUGAGGACCUGGCCGGCCCCACCGUGCUGCCGCCGCUCAAGGGCAGCACAGCGGCGGUGGCAUGCGGCUCGCUGCACUCGCUGGCGCUGCAGUAUGGCGGCCACGUGCUGGCAUGGGGCACCAACCAGAAUGGCGUUCUGGGGCAGGGACAUGAGAAGCAGCAGCAGCCGAAACGGCCAUCCAAGGUGCCGGGCGUGUCAGCGGAGCAGAUAGCGGCGGGCUGGAAGCACUCUGCGGCAGUGACGGGCAGCGGCAAGCUGUACACCUGGGGCUGGGGCGGCAGCCAGGGGACAGCCCUAUCGUUUGAGGGGCGUACCGGCACCGGCGGGCAACUCGGGCACGGCAACGAUUUUGACUACUGGAGCCCGCACCAUGUCGAUUGGCUGUCGCUCACAGAAACAGACUUGGUGGCGUGCGGCAUGAACCAUACUGCAGCAAUCGUCGAGCUUGAUUCUGGGGUAUCACUCUGA